AGCAAAGAAAAACAACAAAAAAGCACAAAAAUACCAAUUGGAAUUAUUAAGAUUAACAGGGGAAAAAGAUAAAAGUAAUAAAAUUAAAAGCAUUAUUUAUUAGAAUUAUGUUGGCUGAUGUUGAUGUUUUUAUAACCAACUAUACCAUAGUAGAUCCAGAAAUCUAUCAACUAUGGAUAGAGGGCUUUUCAUCCACUGAAGCUGUUUGUUAUUUAAAACAAAAAGGCUUUGGCCAUUCCAUGGGUGUCCACUUGGACUUGAUCACUUCCGAUGUUUUAGAUCAUUAUCGCACUUAUUCUUUAAUAGAGCGCCUGUUGCAUGCACCCACUAAAUUGUUGGAACAAUCAUGUUUCCAAUUGGAAGCGGAGACCAGAGAUCUCAUCAUAGAAAAAUACUACUCCAUUGAUGAUUGUGUGGCCCGAGAAAUUUUAGGCAAAAAGUUGUCUUCACGUUAUCGUAAGGAUUUGGAUGAGGUGGCUGAAAAGACAGGAGUUAAAUUAAAAUCAUGCAGGCGCCAAUUUGAUAAUGUCAAACGCAUUUUUAAAGCUGUAGAAGAAUUGCCCGGCAAUAUUACACAAAAUAUUAAGCAACAAUUUAAUAUACGAGACGAAUUGGCCAAAAAAUAUGCCUCCAUAGUAUUUUUGGCCUGUUUACGUUUUGAAACGUCUAAGAAAAAACUGCAGUAUUUAACCUUUAAUGACUUGUUUAACUGUUCCCAGGCGGUCAUGAUUUAUUGGACGUAUACGUAUCAGCAUUCGGGACCAGAAUACUAUGAUACCGAAAUGGAUAAAGAAUUUUUAUUGGAUUUAAGGGAAUUGAGAUGUUUAUUGGAUAAAGAAAAGGAAAUUAAACAUUUGGUUUGUUUACGUUUAAAGCCAGUAUUAUUGGAAAGAUCAUUUCAUGAAUUGGACUCAAAUUUUCGCUCCUAUUGGCGUUCUUUGAUUAGUAUUGCUUGCAAUUUACAUCGCACCCGUGAGUUGCGUGAUUUAUUUGUGGAUCUUUGUGAGAAAUUAGUAGAACCAUGGCGCCAGAAUAUGUGGGCCCGCGAUCAUGUCAACAAGUUUUUAUCUGCCAUUACACAAAGUGUGUUAGAUUUGGAAAUAUCUAGAGAUCAAGAAACUCGCUGUUUGUGGGAUCGUUAUAUGCAAGUUAUCAGUAUAUGUUUGGAUAAAAUGUAUCAUAUUUAAUUAGAACUAGUUUUUAAGAAGCCAAUUAUAAGUUUUUUUUUUAUAAAUUAGUAAAACUUCAGUGUAAAACAUUUCGUUUAAUAAAUUAAAGAAACUAAUUAUUUAAAAACUA